AUGAGACCGUGCCAGAGCCAGUGGCCUUACCAGCCCUGGGCCAGUCUCCUGGACAGCCCCCAACCUGGCUUGAUAAGCCACUCAGUAAAAACACUUUGCUGCAAGAAGGUGGAGGGUCGCUAUAUCGUGGGCCCCAGGUCCCUGAAGGGAGGAAACGCAGGGGCCCAAACCCAGCUGGACCUGCAGAGGGAUAAGUGGUUGGGAGACAGUCCCGCUAUGGUCCAGGCAGAUUGGAGGCUCCUCCUGCCUGAGGGUGAGGUCGAUCCUCACGCCGUGGUAGCCCUGCUCUGCGGCUCAGCCGUAGCGGUGCUGGUGUGGCAACGGGUGGGGCAGAGACAGAUCCAGAAGAAGAUGGACCAGGCAAGGAGGACUCAGGAUCUCAGUCUAGAACGAAUGGAAGAGGUGGCUCGGCGGUUUAAACAGCAGAACCCAGGGAUACAGGCUGGUCACAUCCUCUCCCUGCCACUUGUGGAGCUGGCUGAGAAACUGAAGGAAGGUUCCCUCUCUCCAGAGAGCGUCCUCUAUACGUACAUAGAUCGGGCCUUGGAGGUGACCCAGGAGGUGAACUGUGUGACAGAUUUUAUGCAAGGCUGUGAGGAGCAAUUGUGGGAAGUGCAAAGGAAGAAGGAGAGAGGGUUACUAUAUGGAAUUCCCGUCAGCAUCAAGAAUCACAUUGGCUGCAAGGGUCACGUCUCCAGCGGUGGCUUGGUGCAAUUUCUCGGCAGAGCGGAGGAAGAGGACAGCGUGAUAGUCCAGGUUUUGAAGAGGCAGGGGGCGAUUCCAUUUGUGAAAACCAAUGUCCCGCAGAGCAUGAUAAACUAUGACUGCAGCAACUUGAUCUAUGGCCAGACGGUGAAUCCGCUGAACCACAAGAAAAGCCCCGGCGGCUCCUCCGGAGGGGAGGGGGCGCUGAUUGCCGGAGGAGGGUCCAUCCUGGGCUUUGGGACAGAUGUCGCUGGAAGCAUCCGCCUGCCAUCGAGCUUCUGCGGGCUGUGCGGGCUCAAACCGACUGGCAACAGGCUGAGUACCCAUGGUUUCGCCAGUCCUAUAGCCGGCAUGAAAUCAGUUACAGGAACGGUCGGGCCAAUGGCGAGGGACGUGGACAGCCUGGCUCUGUGCACGAGAGCACUCCUGUGUGAUGACAUGUUCUGCCUGGACCCCACCGUGCCACCCCUGCCCUUCAAUGAGGAGGUGUACUCCAGUUCAGUCUCUCUUCGGAUCGGGUAUUACGACGGAGACGGCUAUUUCCAGCCCUCGCCCAGCAUGAGACGGGCUGUCUAGGAAAUCAAAAAGCUUCUCCAGGAGGCAGGGCAUACGCUGGUCCCCUUCACCCCCCCUCGGAUUGAUUACAUGGUGGAUGAGCUUUUCACCAGAGGCCUCUUUUCUGAUGGAGCUGCAAAUCUGUUGGACAAAUUCAAAGGGGACAUUGUGGAUCCGACCCUGAAAUCGCAGAUCAACUGUUACCGUCUUCCCAUUCUGGUGAAGAAGAUUCUGGCCCUCAUCUUAAAGCCUGUGUAUCCACGAAUCGCCAGAAAUCUGAACGCGCUGUGUGGAGUGGGCUAAGUGGCUCUAUCAGCAAAAAGCCUUUGGAAGCAUCACGUUGCAGUGGCGGCUUACCGUACAGAAUUCAUUGCUAAAUGGAGGAAGCUGGAGCUGGAUGUUAUGCUGUGUCCUGCUUUGGGUCCAGCGUUUAACAAGGGCUAUCCUGGGAAGCUAUUGGCUGCUACUUCCUACACCAAUUUAUACAACGUCUUGAACUUCCCCGCUGGGGUUGUGCCGGUCAGCGUCGUCACGGAGGCUGACGAAGAAGAGCUGAAGAAUUACAGAGGGCACUAUGGCGACCCCUGGGAUAAGAGGCUGAGAGAGGCUGUAGAAGGAGCCGUGGGGCUGCCUGUCGCCGUUCAGUGCGUGGCUCUGCCAUGGCAGGAGGAGCUGUGUCUGCGGUUCAUGAAGGAGGUGGAGAUGCUCACUUGUGAGAAGAAGAGGAACGUGGGACCCACUGAUGAUGGUGACACUAAUGAUUUGAACUUAUAAACCAAGUCACCUUCGACUAAGACAUGAAAUAAUGUGAGGACACCCCUGUGAAUUGGACUGUUUCCCUUAGUGGUUAAUAAACCUUUUCAAAAGCCGCUUCUCCUCGUUAACAAUUCAGCCAACGCCUGACUCUGUGCAAUCAGUGCUUCAUUUGCCUGUGUUCAAUUUUUAACCAAAGGGUGAGAGAAGAGCAAAAAAGGAUCAAAAUCUUGCUGAAGGAUAAUGAGCAGCAGGAAAACAAA